CUCCUUGCAGCGUACCAUAACCAAGGUUGACGUAUUUUAGGCGUAGACUAUUUUGGGUUUGUGAAACAAAAAUCAUUAUUCAGAGAUCCUUUUGGAAUUAAAGUUUGCAAGACUAAUGAAUUCUAGGGUAAAGUGAAAAUUCCCAAGUUAAUUAUCCAUUUCUUGAAAGCUGAAAUCAUCUAGAAAGCGAAGCGUUAUCUCAUUCGGACUCCGAGAAAGGAGCAUUUUUGAUUUACAAAAAUUAAUGUUAAAACACUGCAGAGAUUUCAGUAGACGGGACAACAAUGAAGGCAUCUGAGUGUAUUGCCUUUGCGAUUGUGGUUGUACUUGUAGCUUCUGUGCUUGACUUAACGGAAGCAGCAUUCGGGUUUGGAAAGAGUGACCAAGUACUGCUUGAAGAAAUCUCCGUUCUCACCCUCCACCAUGGGAAGAUGACGACAGGAAGAAGAUCUAGCCCAGUUAAACAGCUACAAUGUGUUGGGGGUUCAGCAGCCCAAGCAUUUACACCUCAAGUAGUACAGUGUUACAACCGAGGCUCAGACGGGUACGACGUUCAGUGGGAAUGCAAGAGUGACAUGGACAAUGCGUAUCGCUUUGGUAAGAUAGAGGUCAUUUGUGAGGGAUACUCUUCGCCCGACGAUGAAUACAUUCUCAGGGGAUCGUGUGGGUUGGAGUUCACACUUGAAUACACCAAGGAGGGAAUGCAACAAAAGAACAGUGGAGGGAACGCUCACAGUUACUAUGGCAAAGACGAUGGGUCAUACGAUAACACCUACAACCACAGUCAGCAGAAAUCGAGCAAGGUGGAUUGGCUCUUUCUUGCUAUAGUUGGAGUCCUGAUGUAUGUGAUUUAUAGAACAUGCAUAGCCAAUACACCCACAGAAUCAGGGACAGCAGGGACUGACGAUGGUUACCCUCGUCCAGGAGGUACAGGCUUUGGCCCAGGGGGUGGUGGUGGUGGUGGUGGUGCACCCCCUCCCCCAGGCUACAGGGACAAUGGAUACUCAGGAGCCGGCUGCGGUGGAAGCCAGGGCUACUCUUCAGGAGCCAGCAGGGGUGCAGGAACCGGUGCAGGGGGUCUUGGAGGGGGUCUUGGAGGGGGUCUAGGAGGGGGCGGAUUCUGGACAGGUGCAGCUGCAGGGGGACUGUUGGGAUAUCUCUUUGGUGGCAACAGAAAUCGUGGCUACGGAGGAUACGGAGGUUAUGGAAGACCUAGGUAUGGUGGCGGCUACUCUACACCAAGGUACGGCGGCGGCUUCUCUUCCGGCUGGGGUGGCAGCGGUAGGAGUGGAGGAGGGUUCUCGGGGUUUGGCGGCGGCGGUGGGGGAAGUUCAGGCACAAGAACUGCUUCAGGUUUUGGUGGCACAAGACGGCGAUGAAAGUUGUCUGCCUGGCUGAAUGGUUACGCUCUUAGUAUCUGAGCUGUUCAUGAAGAGGAUCAACUAACCAAAAUAUGGUACCUCAUAAUUAUGCCAAAAAAAGAAAGAUGUUGUAUUGCCCUGUAGGUGCCAAAACAUGGGUUGGUCGGUCAGAUUUUUUUUUUU